ACGAAGGAGGCUAGUCCUCUCACUUUUUAUUUCUUCGCGACAAACAAAAAAUUGAAAUCAACGUCACGCAACAGGAUUAAUUGCUGAUUUUAUACUACAGCAAGGAAAAAAUUCUCAAUAAUAGGUCCACAUAACAAUAAGUGAAAUUGGUAAAGAUGGAUCUAAGUCAAAUGUGUGCUACUGGCAAAGACGUGACGAUGACUCCAAAUAAAUCUGUGAUAAUAAAUUCGCAAAAAUGGAAUUCGAUUUUGAAACAUUUGAACCGGAACGAGGAAGCCAUCCAACAGUCUGAACAAGAGAAAAAGUAUAAGGAGUACCUGAAGGAGGGUUCCGCCGAAAUGACUUGUAAGUGGAUGAAUUCGAUAGAGAAGACUCGGGAGAACAAAGCAAUCGAACGGCAGAAACGCGAAGCUGAGAAGAUUAUUGAAGGGGAGCGAAGAUUCAAGGAACUGAAGGAGAAUGACGAAAAAGCACGGUUGGAACAGGUAGCCAAAGCUCAACAAAUGAUGAAUCGCUUACGAAUAGGCACUAGAGAACUUGAGAGCGCUGCUCUACUCAGUGAGGUCCUGAAAGGGCGCGAGCUUCAAUGUAAUUUCAAUGCGGAUUUGAACAAAUCCAUGAGUGAGCGCAAGAAAAAAGAGGCUGAACAACUUCAAAUUCAAAGUGUUAUUGCUAUCGAGGAGCAACAACGUCAGAUGAUGGAAGCAAAGAAGCGGACCGAUGACUACAAAAACGAAGUAUAUCGAAUGGCUAAGGACGAAGCGAAGCGCAAGAUGGAAACAUCUCGCAGACAAACUGAAUAUGAGAAAAGGAUGCGCGAGCAGGCUGAUAAGGAGCUCCAAGCGCAGAUUGAAAGGGAGAGGGCUAUUCUGCAAAGGAAAAAAGAAGCGAUGCGGAAGAAUGCACUAGAGGCCAUGAAGAUGGUGGAACAAAGAAGACUACGCGACAAAAUGGAGAACGAAAUCGACAACAAGAUAAUAGAAAUUUUCGCCAAAGGAAAGAAUAACAUUGCCGACAUGAAAAAAGAGAAAGAUCGGCAAAAAAAGGAGGAAAUUGUUCGCAUGAAAGAUGCCAAUGCUCAGAAAGUGUUCGUGCAAGCGGCAGAUCGAUCAGCUGAGGAAGAGGAACGCCUCCGAAAAGCUGUGAAAGAGGCCAAUGAUAAGAUAGAUCAGCAAGAGAAAGAUCGAAUUCAGCGCGAACGCAUUCUAAAAGCCGCCCGAAUAAAGCAAUACCUCGAGGACAUGGAGAGGCAAAAAAUUGCCAAAGCGAAACAAAUGGAACACAUUCGCUGGUCUAUCGCAAAUCGCCUCAAAAACGAAGAAGUAAAUCAAGAAUUCGAGAAAUUAAAAGCCCAAGAAAAAAUCAAAAGAGCUCAAGAGAUUCGGGCUGUGCUUCUCGAACAGAUGAAAGAACGCAAGGAAAUGGAGCAGAAACAGCGCGAACAGGACAGUUUGUGUGUAUCAUUGACCAACGAACGUGACGAUAAGAAUUUCAUGGAAUUCGCAAAUGUUCUAAUAGAAGAUGCUAAAAAGAAAUCGCGACCGAUUUUACCCUUGAUGCGAGCCGUCGAUAAAUAUAAGAAAGCCAGUGACAUGGAUGUGGAACGUAAGGAGCCACGGCAUCUAAAGUCUAAUUUGCCCAUUCAGGAUAAAGUUGAAGGCACUUGUGCCUGUGCUGCGAGUAUGUCGACCUCGCCACCUAAAAAUAAUCAACCUAUAAUUAAGUACGAUUUGAAUGAACUAAAGCAAUUGAACCCUCGCGUUUCACCCCGUACGCCGCUUUGGGCGUAGAUGGGACAAUUUUUCCGAUUCGAUGCGUUUGUUUGGGUGACUUCUGGGAUUUUCGCUUCGUAAUUAAUUUAAAAUUAAUUAAAUUUGGAUUGUUGGUAUUUCAAGUGAAUGCUUUUAACUUAUUCCAAGUAGUUUUAAAUGAGUUUUAACACAAGUUCAGGUUCAUAUAAAAAUCUUUAUUGUCAAUAGUUUUUGGUCCCAAUAAAAUCUUUGUUUCUUAAA